AUGGCGAGCCCAAAAAGCAACCAGGGUUUUGGAGGUUUUAGUCAAGAGGAGAUCGAUCGAAUGAUUAAGAAAUGGAAGCCUGCGGAUAUCGGGUUCUUCGACCCUUUAAUCAAAGACCCCGGUGGUUUCACCCUUGUCAACGGGAUCGUUCAUUACACAAGUGUAUACACUUUCGUUGAACGGAUACAUCAUUUAGCAUCAUUGAAACCGGAAAAGGCUGUACGUGCCCAACUUCACUCCUGUUUGAAGAACGAUGCUCUUUCGUGGUACACUGGAUUACUGGACAUUGAGAAACGGCUCUUGACAUUAGAGACCCUUCAGAACGGUUGGUUUAAGAGUUUGAUCGAUAAAUUCAAGCCUCAUCGGUGCGAGACCCUUAGCGAGCUCGAAUACGCUUUCUAUGGAUGGCCACAGAUCAGAGCUGGUAAGACUGCCCAUGAGCAUGCUUAUAACAUUAUACGGCUGCUGAAGGCCUCCGGGACAUAUUCCGAAGCAGAUCAAGUACAGCGCAUCAUCGAUUCCCUGGAUGGCGGGUUGAGACGAGACCUACUCCCUGCUGAUAAGAGCAUAAGUGCCUUUAUAGAAAAGCUUGAUUUUUACGAGCGAAUCUGGCGCCGCCAGAGCACUGAGCAUACGUCUGGGUCCUUGCAGAGCUUCGUUCAAGAUGUUUAA